CCAAUUAUGUUGAAAAUCGAAGGGGACUGGUCGUUCUUGUAGUUUGGGGGUUAAAUUAAGGAGUAGGUAGAAGUUGAGGGAUCGGGUUGAAUUUGAUUAAAUAAAAAUGUCAUUGGCCCGCCAAUUCUAAUAUUUGCAAUGGGGCCCUCGAUUUUCCCCCUAGUCUUGGGCAGAAGUUUUUGGUAUAUUUUGAAGGCUGCUGCGAGGUAAAACAUCAGUGAUAAAGUAGCACCGCUUCAUAGGCUUUGUUGGGCGAGGUGUACGGGGGGAGCUAUGGAUGGCGGCGUGCGGAGCAACGCUCGCUCCGUGGAAGAGGUUUUCAGAGAUUUCAAAGGCAGGCGUAAUGGUUUGAUCAGAGCUCUUACUAGUGACGUUGAGGAGUUUUUUCAACGGUGCGAUCCCGAGAAGGAGAACUUAUGCCUUUACGGAUUUCCUAGCGAACAGUGGGAAGUUAAUUUGCCUGCUGAGGAGGUGCCUCCUGAGCUUCCGGAACCCGCUUUAGGUAUAAACUUUGCAAGAGAUGGGAUGCAUGAGAAAGAUUGGCUGGCUCUUGUUGCAGUCCACAGUGAUGCAUGGCUUCUAUCCGUGGUUUUCUAUUUCGGUGCCAGAUUCGGUUUUGAUAAAGCUGACAGGAAGCGGCUAUUCAAUAUGAUAAAUGAAGAACCCACGAUUUUUGAAGUUGUAACAGGAGCUGCAAAGAAGCAAUUGAAGGAUAAGUCAUCUGCAUCGAACAACCGUAGCAGCAACAAGUCUAAGCCGAACCCAAAAACAGGAAAGCCAUCCAAGGGCCAAGCGAAGAAUGAGGACAAGAGAGUGGAUGAUGAUCCUGAUGACAUUGAUGAUGAUGACGAAGAUGACGAUGAGCAUGGUGAUACCUUGUGCGGGGCGUGCGGGGCAAACUAUGCAUCUGAUGAAUUCUGGAUCUGCUGUGAUGCUUGUGAAAGAUGGUUCCACGGCAAGUGCGUCAAGAUCACUCCCGCCAAAGCAGAGCACAUCAAGCAGUACAAAUGCCCUUCGUGCAGCAAUAAAAGAGCCCGGCCGUGAUCAAUUCCUUUACGUCCUCGAUCGUUUCGCAAGGUAUCAAUCGUACAUCCAUCUGUUUAGUAAUAUGAUGAUUUUCCAUGGUAGAUUUUAUCUCCUGGCGGCUGCAGAGAGAUGAUUGGUUUUCACUCCCCCUUCAGGAGUUUGAUUAUUCAUCCCCUCUUAACUAACUACAUUUUAUUUAUCUAGUUUACUGCUUACCAGUAAUCGUUGCUCGUUUG